AUGAGGUUUAAAUUCUCUCUCAUGGCCAUAGGCCUGGAAGUUAUUAUAAUUGUCUUAUUUGGAUUAUUUGUUGAAUACGAGACGACCCAGCAGGUCAAUGCUACAAGAUCCACAAAGACGGACCAAUUUCUUCAGUUGUAUCCCUUGUUCCAAGAUGUCCAUGUCAUGAUAUUCGUUGGGUUUGGCUUCCUCAUGACCUUCCUGAAGAAAUAUGGCUUCAGCGGUAUUGGUUUCAACCUCUUUCUCGCUGCUCUGGGCCUUCAGUGGGGCACGAUUGUGCAGGGACUCCUCCAUGACAAAGGACAGAAAUUUCACAUUGGAAUCAAAAAUAUGAUAAACGCAGACUUCAGUACAGCCACUGUUCUGAUUUCUUUUGGCGCUGUUCUGGGUAAAACAAGCCCCGUCCAAAUGAUGAUCAUGACAAUUCUAGAAAUUGCUGUCUUUGCUGGCAAUGAACAUCUGGUUACUAGCCUGUUUCGGGCCUCUGACACUGGGGCAUCAAUGACAAUCCAUGCUUUUGGAGCCUACUUUGGCUUAGCUGUAGCAGGUGUCUUAUAUCGGCCUGGCCUCCGAUGGGAACAUAAAAAUGAAGAAUCUGUGUACCACUCUGACUUGUUUGCCAUGAUAGGAACACUUUUCCUUUGGAUAUUUUGGCCCAGCUUUAAUUCAGCCAUUGCUGUAACUGGGGAAAAACAGUACAGGGCCAUUAUCAACACUUAUUUGUCCCUUGCUGCCUGUGUGAUCGUAGCCUAUGCCUUGUCCAGCCUUGUUGAACGCCGAGGCAGGCUGGAUAUGGUUCACAUUCAGAAUGCCACUCUGGCAGGAGGUGUCGCUGUGGGCACAUGUGCAGACAUGGAAAUCCCCCUCUUUGCUGCUAUGGCCAUUGGAAGCAUUGCUGGGAUCAUCUCUGUGCUUGGAUACAAGUUCCUUAGUCCACUGUUAGCUAAUAAACUGAUGAUCAAAGAUACAUGUGGAGUCCAUAACCUGCACGGCUUACCUGGGGUCUUCGGAGGCCUUGCCAGCAUUUUGGCCAUAUACUUGGGAAAGUCUACAGUGUCUACCAUGGCUAUGCAGGCAGCAGCACUGGGUUCCUCCAUUGGCUCAGCAGUUGUUGGCGGUUUGGUUACAGGUCUAAUUCUGAAGUUACCUAUCUGGGAUCAGCCCCCUGAUGAGUACUGCUUUGAUGAUUCUGUUUAUUGGAAGGUUCCCAAGGUCAGAGAACUUGAUCCUCAGUUCUUUCAGCACGCGAAUCACAAUCACCUGGAGCAUGAAGUCUAA